CGUGUCCUGCAGCAAUUGCAGGAGCUGUCCCGGGGCCGGCUGGACCUGGCCACACAGAGCCUGACAGUGGACAGCUGCAGGGCCCUGGGCAAGCUGUUGCAGAAGGGGUCACUGCUGACCGAGCUCAUCCUGAGUGACUGCAUGCUGAGCGAGGAAGGGGCCGCACUGCUGCUGCAGGGGCUGUGUGUCAACACUGUGGUGCGGUUUCUGGAUCUAAAGGGCAAUAACCUUCGAGCCACAGGGACCGAGGCACUGGGAAAACUCCUCCGACAGAACAGGUCCAUUCAGAGCCUCACCCUGGAGUGGAACAGCCUGGGCACCUGGGAAGAAGCCUUCGCCACCUUCUGUGGGGCCCUGGCGGCCAACAGCGCCCUGCGGCAGCUGGACCUCCGCAACAACCAGAUCAGCCACAAGGGCGCCGAGGAGCUGGCCCUGGCCCUGAAGAGCAACGCCAGCCUUCAGCAGCUGGACCUGCGCUGGAAUCACAUCGGCCUCCUUGGUGGCCGCGCCCUGGUGAACUGUCUCCCCAGCAACAGAACCCUGUGGAGGCUGGAGCUGGCUGGGAACAGCAUCCCCGGGGAUGUCCUCAGAGCUGUGGAGCAGGCCAUGGACCACAACCAGGACCGGCAGACCGCCUUCCGGGAGAACCAGGCCCGCACCCACGUGCUCAGCAAGGAGGUGCAGCACCUGCGGGAAGAGAAAUCCAAGCAGUUUCUGGACUUGAUGGAGACAAUUGACAGGCAGAGAGAAGAGAUGGCCCGGAGCAGUAGGGCAUCAGCAGUGCGUGUAGGGCAGCUUCAGGAAGCCCUGGAUGAGAGGCACUCCGUCAUCAAAGCCCUCAAGGCCAAGCUGCAGAUGGCAGAGGCUGCCCUGGCUCUGUCGGAGCAGAAGGCCCGGGACCUGGGGGAGCUCCUGGCCGCUGCAGAACAGGAACGUCGGAGCCAGGCACAGAGACAGGCGAAGGAGCACAGGCUGGAGCAGCAGGAAGCUGCAGAGCGGGAGUCAAAGCUCUUCAGAGACUUGUCUGCUGCCAAUGAAAAGAACCUGCUUCUGCGAAACCAGGUGGACGAGCUGGAGCGGAAGGCGAAGACUCAGCAGGAGCAGCUGUUCCUGGCCCGGCAGGAGCUGAGCAACACGGCUGCUGAGCUGAAGCUGCGGGCAGUCCAGGCCGAAGAGCGCCUGGAGCUCGAGAAGAAGAGGUCCCGGCAGAGCCUGGAGGACUCGGAGCACUUGCGCUUCACGGAGGUGGAACACAUGACUCGGCACCUGGAGGAGAGUGAGAGGGCCAUGCAGGAGAGGGUGCAGAGGCUGGAAGCCGCGCGGCUGUCCCUGGAGGAGGAGCUGAGCCGGGCUAAGGCAGCAGCGCUCAGUGAGCGGAGCCAAGCCGAGGAGGAGCUUGUCAAGGCCAAGAACCAAGUCCGUCUGGAGGAGCAGCAGCGCCUGGCUCACCUGGAGGAGAAGCUGCGGCUGCUGGCGCAGGCGCGGGAUGAGGCUCAGAGCGCCUGCCUGCAGCAGAAGCAGACGGUGGCCGAUGCCCAGGCGAGGGCCAGCCAGCUGGGCCUGCAGGUGGAGGGCCUGCAGCGGCGCCUGGAGGAGCUGCAGCAGGAACUGAGCAACAAGGACCAAGAAAAGGUCGCCGAAGUGACCAGGGUGCGGGUGGAGCUGCAGGAGCAGAAAGGCCGCCUGAAGGCUGAGCUGACGGCCCAGGAGGCGCUUAAGGAGAAGGUGGCAGCCCUGGAGCGCCAGCUGAAAGUGAUCGCGAGUGACCACCGGGAGGCACUGCUGGACAGGGAGAGUGAGAACGCCUCCCUCCGCGAGAAGCUUCGACUCAAGGAAGCAGAGAUCGCCCGGAUCCGGGAUGAGGAGGCCCAGAGGGCCAGCUUUCUGCAAAAUGCUGUACUGGCUUAUGUGCAAGGGUCCCCCCUGAGGACCCUGAGCCCCCAGAAAUGAGGGGAGGCAGGAAAACUCCGAGCAGCAGGAAGGUGGCAUCUGUUGGACGUCUGGGUCAUACCGCUGCCCAUCCCUUCCUCUCAAGGGACAGGCCAUCCAUCAGGCACGCCCGGGCUGUUUGGGCAGAGUCUACAGCUGGUGACUCGGAAAAUCAGUGGCGGGGUGGAUCUGAGAGCAGCCCCGCUGCGGGGGCCCAGAGGGCUGGCCAAGGGGGUUGGGGGUUGGAGUGGGCCCUGGCUCCUCCCCACUCCUUCGGUCCAGUCCCAGGGAGGAGGAGAUGUGCCUGAGAGCACAGACCCUCAUGGAAGACGGGGGGAGCGGCCCUGAGCCCUACAUGCCCCUCCGCCUCUGUUCAGUCACCUUCUAACAGCAACCCUGAGCUCAGCGGCCCCAGCGCGCCCUCUCUCCGGUAGUUCUGAAAUACAGGCUUUUGUACUUUGUGAUA